GGUUAGCCGCCCAAGAAAGACAAAGGCUAAACGACACACCCCACUUGUUAUCACGAGGUGGAUAUGCAAAACUGGAGAAGAAACUGAGAAAGUCUAGAGCCGAUGCCUUGGGACUUGAGUCGCCUGACCUAGCACCUGCACCUGCUAGGUACGAGCUGUGGAAGGCUGCUCGGACUAAAUCUGAUGGGAACAUGACAUCUUCCUCAGCUGCCUUGAUCUCACAGAGAAUUGAUGAGUUGGUUGAGCAGCAGACUCAGGGGACAUUUGUUGGCCAAGGUAGGGACGACAUUCUGACAACGGCCAUUGGAAGGCCCGAGCACCCAGGACGUGUACGUGGAGUUCCAGGGGCGAUUGGUCUUCGUGACUAUUUUGGCCCUACACAGAAAACCCCCCAAUCAAUGAGUCAGGAGACACUGAGGCAGAUGGAUCUUCAGUGGGAGGAAAGACUCAACCAAAGCAUGAGAUCAAUGGAGCAACGAUUCAUGGAGCAGCUACAAGAACAAAAACAAAUACAAAGAGCGCUUGAAGAAAAGCUGCAUUCCAUGACGCAAGGCCACAUGGGGGCCGAUGAAACUCCCACAGCACCUCGUGUCAGCACUAGAGGAUCAUGCUCUGCUGUAGAACCCAAUGAGUAUAGCGGUCAAUAUGAGCUGUUGGUUGAUGGGGAUCCCCCACGCAUUGUGGCUGUCGGACGAGUGCUUGAUGGAGGGGAGACCAUUCAUGGUGUUGCCAUAUUACCCCAGCACUUUCUAACGACUUAA